ACAAACUGAUUUAUUUUUAUAUUUUAAUUUAUGUGUGAAUUGAAUUAGGACUGUAUUUUUUUUAUUAACAUGCAAGAAACAGAAUUAUAUGGACAGUUAAAAACAUUUUUCGGACACGAUUCAUUCAAGAGCGAAUUACAAAAACAAGCAAUCACUUGUAUUAUCAAAAGAAAAAAUGAUGUCUUUGUAUCAAUGCCUACAGGUUCAGGGAAAUCCUUAUGUUUCCAAUUACCGGCACUCACAUACAACAAUAAAAUAGCAAUAGUGUUUUCACCCUUAAUCGCUUUAAUUAAGGAUCAACUGGAUCAUUUAAACCGGUUAAAAAUAUGUGCAGAAUCGAUAAAUUCCAAAAUUACCACCAAAGAACGUGACAGGGUUAUUAAUGACUUAAAAAGUGUAAAUCCAUCAACAAAGUUUUUACAUAUUACUCCAGAGCAAGCUGCUACAAAUACUUGUCAGAAUUUAUUGACAAUGUUGGAUAAGUAUGAUAAGAUUUCAUAUUUUGUCGUUGAUGAAGCGCAUUGUGUUAGUCAGUGGGGACAUGAUUUCAGACCGGAUUAUUUAAAAUUAGGUAAGCUACGAAAGGAAUCCAAAAUACCAUGGAUAGCACUUACAGCAACAGCUAGCAAAGAUGUCGUCAUUGAUAUAUUGACAAAUUUAAAGUUACAAAAGCCAGUUAAAGUAUUCAAGACUCCGUGCUUUCGACAAAAUUUGUAUUAUGAUGUUUGUUUCAAAGAUUUAAUAGAUGACGAAUAUGAGCAUUUGAAAGACUUUAUUUCAAAGCACAUUCAAGCAACAGAUGAUGAAAAAUCGAGUAAGCGAGGUUGUGCAAUUGUGUAUUGUCGCACAAGAGACUCCACAGAAAGAGUAGCUUCCAAGUUGACUAAAUUAGGUUUAAAAACAAUGGCUUAUCAUGCAGGUCUGGGGGGGCUCGAUACUUCUAUUCAAGAAAGUUGGCAGACUGAAGAAGUUCCUGUGAUAAGUGCUACAAAUAGUUUUGGUAUGGGAGUCGACAAAGCAACCGUUAGAGUUGUUGCACAUUGGGGAAUGCCUCAAAAUGUUGCUAGUUAUUAUCAGGAAUCUGGUAGAGCUGGCCGUGAUGGCAAAAAUUCUUACUGCAGAAUCUAUUACAGUCAGUCAGAGCGCAAAGCAAUAGAUUUCCUUAUAAAAAAAGAUGGUUAUAAAGCCAAAACUGAAGCAAAAAAGGAACUGGCAAAGAAUGCUUAUAAAUCUUUUACCAAAAUGGUUGAAUAUUGUGAAUCAGCAAGGUGUAGACAUGCUGUGUUUUCUGAUUACUUUGGAGACAACAAGCCGAAUUGUGUUAAUCGUUGUGAUGUGUGUUCAAACAAGUCUAAAGUUGAAAAAUUAAUAUCUCAAUAUCAAAACAGCACAAUGAAGACUCUGAUGUCUAAAUUACAAUCCACAGAUGAAUGUGAAUUGUACGAAGGAGGAAGAAUAAAGCAGAAUGAUUAUGAAGAUUAUGAAGAUAAUGGUGGUCAUAAUGACCGUGAAGAGAAAGUGAAAAAAGAAACAACUACUUUUAUACAAAAACAAUUUGCUUUGAGAAAAGCUUCGACUGCAACAGAAAGUACACCUAAAAUAAAUGCAGAAUUUGCUCGUGUUAUAGCAGCAGAUUGUACAACAGUUAAGGUUACCGGCUUAACAAUAUCGGCAAGAGAAUCAAAUUUAUCAAUGAUAGUAGAUAUGCUGCAAAAAAACUUAACUGCACAUGAUGAAAGUGAUCCACCAUUACAUGAACUUGAUAAAAAUGAUUUAGAAGAUUGUGCCAAAAUGCUCGAAUAUGAAAUAUUUAGUUCCAACAAAGUGUUAUGUCUGUACAGAAGAAAUUUAGUGAAACUUAUUUCAUCUAUAAAAUCAGCUACUACAAAUAAUAAGGUGUUUGAUGCCUUAAAAACUUUUAAACCAACACCAAAACUGACAUUGCGAGAGGCUGUGAAAGAAAUUCAAAAAGAAACAAAAAGUGAAUCAGCUAAAACUUCGCCUAAAAUAGAUAGAAUUGUAAAAAAAAAUAGGAUCAAGAAAGAUUUUAUGAAACAAACCUCUCUGAAUGUGUUUUUCCAACCUAAAUUGGAUGAAAAAGAAUUAAAUAGUGAUGACUCUGAUGAAUGCCAGGAAAAUAAUAUAUCUGAAGAUGAGGAAGAUAUAAAUAUGGAGAAAGAUAGUUAUGAAGAAACAAAAACAUCAAAAUUUAUGCUUGCAUCAGAUUUUCACAGGAAUUUUAAAGAAGAUGAAAAUUUUAAAUCUGUCAGUUCUGAUUGCCAAAGCAACAAUAUUGAUGUUGAUAUUGAACAAAGUUCUUUGCAUUCUAAAUUAGAUGAAAAAGAAUUAAUUAGUGAUGAUGAGCACAAAUCUGAUGAAUGCUUAGAAAAUUAUGAAGUUGAAGAAGAGUUAAAUAUUAGAAAAAAUAGUGAUGAAGAAACAAAAGUCAAAAUUUAUCCUUGCUUCAGAUUUUCAAAAAAAUUUGACAAGCAGAAAACUUGA